AUGGCAACCCCAAGCAGGAUCCACCUUACGGUGAACGACACCGGCAUCGUGAAAAACAAACCACAGACUGCCGAAGCGGCAUCCAAAGUAUCUGAGCUUCUUCAACAGAACCAUGAGAAACAUCACGUCUUCUAUAAUGAAAUGGGGUUCCACAAUCAUAUUGUGCACCAUAUGCUCACUAUAUAUGGGCUUGGAGCUCCAGUGUCCAUCAUUGAGAAGCGCUAUGCUGAAAACGCAUCCUAUCAGCGCCCUCCCAUGACCGAGAAAGACAAGGUGGUUGCUGACCUUCGCUCCCCAGCGACCUUUUCCAAAUACUUAGGGAGCGGCAAGUACUACCACCCAUUUCUCCUUUUCUUCCAAAGGGAGAUGGAGGAUAAGGGAUGGGAGAAUGUAUUAAAUGAGUAUUUGUUUGCCGGUAAUGAGAGAGCCGAUAAUAUGCUGGGGAGGAUGUUCGCGGGCUUCCUCCACCCCAUAAUCCACCUCGGGUUUGGAAUAGAAUUUAAUCAGCCAGCCAUCAUCGCCGAAGCCCUGGCCCAAGCAGCUGUUCACGACGAUUGGACAGGACGAUUCCUCCUGGCCACCGAACAAGCCGCCAAAGCGCACCCUUCCUCAAACCCAAAGACCCUCCCGGAUAUCAUAGACUCGAUUCAUGCAGAUAAAAAGCUCUCCACUGCAGCUCACUUUUCCGACUCCAACAAGAUCCGGGAUGGGAUCCUCUCGCGCGCGAAAGACGAAAUGAUCAAGCAUGCAACGCAAUGGGUCGUAACCCCUGAAAACCUAGAGGAGAAAACCGUCGAGAUGAUAAACACAUCGAUAUAUUUUACAGCCGCGGCACAGCAUCCUCCUAAACAGGUAAAAUUUGACUUCUACUUCAUGCACUGCGCGAAUAGCAGCAUUUUCUUCCACUCAUUCAACGCUCUGCCUUCGAUUUCUACGGAAAUGAAAGUCAGGAUGUUACAAUGGAAGGGUUACCUUGAUCUCGCUAUGUACGCGUCACGCCGUGCUCCUCCCCUUCUUAUGGAUGAAAUAUCAAACUAUGUCCCGGCCAAGCUGGAGAAGGGGGAUGCUGAAUGGCCGGGGAUUUUUGAACGGCUUAUUGGGUUUCAGGAUGAUGGACAUGCUUCGAAACUCGGGAGGUCGGUGAGGCAUGGUGAGUUGGCUAGUAAGAAGUGGGAGGAUAAGAAUGCGGACUGGAUUAAGGUUAAGGGUUUUAUGUGGGGGAAAAUUGGAAAUAUGGUUAUUGAUAGUGUGGAGGAUACCGGGGAGCGCUGGGUUAGGAGUGCUGGGUUUGACGAGGCUUGGGAAGAGUUUGCAGAUCGACCGAGGAGGGAAAAGAUCUAA